AUGGGAAACCUUCUCGAUUGCGGUCGGAUCCUCUACACGGACAAUUUCUACACAAGCAUUCCGCUGGCGAAAACACUGCUCAGUCAUCAAACACAUUUAGUGGGAACGCUCAGGAAAAAUCGUCGUGGCUUGCCAAGAGAAGUGAUAAGUCGAAAGCUGAAGAAAGGACAAGUGGUUGCGCAACAAAGGAGCGACGGGAUCCUAGUGCUCAAAUGGAGAGACAAAAGGGACGUCCUCAUGUUAUCCACCAUGCACAAAGCGGACUUUUCGGAUGGAAAGCCAAGAGUCAUUUCUGACUACAACGCCGGCAAAACCUUCAUUGAUAUAUCGGAUCAAAUGGCUGCUUAUGGGCCUUUCGUUAGAAAGACUAAUAGAUGGUACCUUAGAAUCUUCUUUCACGCUGUAUGCCAAAUCGCAGUUGUUAACGCCUGGAAUCUCUACAAAAUGCACACAGGAAAAUCUAUCAAAAUCAUCAAUUUCCGACGACAAAUCGUGUCUAGCAUUCUGAAACCCGCUUCCGAUCCUUCUACAUCAGUCAGAUCGAAGCAUUUUGAUCGAGCUCGAAAAAACAGGACUCAAACCAAAGCGUCGAUGUAA